UAAAGUUAACAUAGGAAGGCUACGGACAACUGGGGAUAUUAGCAUUUACUUUCACCUUUGGAGAAAACAAAAAGUAUCCACUCCGAAAAGUCGUUCCUUCCCCCAGCUCCCAAAGUCUGGAGAUCUUCAAAACCUGCCACAAGACCUGCAAAGAACUAUUAAUACAACUCCCAGAGGGGUCCACGAUGCCGCCCUUCUCCCCGCCCUGCUCGCGCCAGAGACUCCAUUUCCCAGAAGCCCCAGCGCGCCGGCUCGGAGACGGCUUUUCCCGGGCGCCCCCUCGCGGCGCACAUCGGCGCGGCUCCAGUUCCCGGCGGCCCUCGCGGCAGGUUCCGGGCGUCAGGACAGUUCGUGAUGGCCAGGGCUGGUUCCGCCGGUGUGUCCGGGGCAGGGACCCCGGUGGCGGGCCCCACAGGCCGCGACCUUUUCGCCGAAGGGCUCCUGGAGUUCCUGCGACCGGCUGUGCUGCAGCUCGACUCUCACGUCCACGCCGUCAGAAUUGUGCCGUAUCAAUGAGGAUCAGAAGGUGGCCCUGGAUCUCGACCCCUAUGUUAAAAAGCUACUUAAUGCCCGGCGACGAGUUGUCCUUGUCAACAACAUUCUACAAAAUGCUCAGGAACGGCUGAGGCGGCUAAACCACAGUGUUGCCAAGGAAACAGCCCGCAGGAGGGCAAUGCUGGAUUCAGGAGUUUACCCCCCUGGUUCUCCAAGUAAAUAACAAGACAGAUGAGUCCAUGGCCUCAGGAUAGCACAAGUACUGUUCCCCACCUGCCUUGCUUCUACAGACAUGCAAAGCUUCCAGGAGACAAUCCCUGUAGACCUUGGGACAUUAAAAAGGCAGCCCUAUGGUUUGUUUGAAGCAUUUAUGCAUGGGCCUGAAGAAAAGGGGCCCUGUGUGCAGCUGGACUGAGGUACCCAAAGGACUUAAAAUUAAUUGCAGCUCUUGCUUCCUUCCGUGAAUAAGCUGAGACCUCUGCAUUUUUUACAAGCUACAUAUUAGAAGCCUACCUUCUUCAAACCUAGUUAACCACAGUGGGGCUUCCUUUUGUUAUGUGCCUGGGUUACAUCAGCCUGGACAGCACGUCCUCUACCUGUGACUUCUCAUUUUCCUUUGUUUACACUGAGGAUUUGGAGGAGAGGGCAGGCAAAGUCAAGGUGAAUGACCUCUGUCCUUUUUUUUUUUUAUUGCACUGGCUUGAAUAUAGUAAAUAGCAGUGUUGCUAGAACCAUUUAAUUCAAUAAAUACUUCAACAGUAUUCUAAUUUA